AUGACAUCCCACCCCUCCACCACGUUCUUUCACCCGGUCCCCAUCCCCAUCCCCACCCCCGCCCUCGCCCCCGCCCUCGCACCCAAGUCCAAAUCCAAAUCCAAAUCCAACAUCCACCUCCUUCCCUGCGAUCCUCUCACCGAUGGCCCAGCUCUUCUCGCUCAACAAAUUGCCGCUUUCAGCAAUCCACACGAACCAUAUUUCUUCGUCUUAUUUCCUGAGAAAGAGGAGAGGGAGAAAGCUGUGAAGAAGCUGCUUGAUAAUUGGGUGAGUGAUAAGUCGGCGAGGUAUGUUAAGAUUGUUGAUGGGGAGGGAACUCUUAUAAGUGCAGCAAAAUGGCUCGUAAUUACAGAACCUCUGAGCGAGGAACAGAGAAAAGAACGGAUUACUGUAGAUUGGCAUCUUGACGAAGAUUCAAACGAAUGGGCUGCAUAUCUCAUGAAUUGGAUUCAUCAACAUCAGAUCCGUCGAACGAAGGGGGAACCGUGCGUUAUCCUCGACAUCCUAACAACACAUCCCUCGCACCAGGGUCUCGGUGCAGGAACCCUUCUAAUGCAAUACGGUACUGCCAUAGCCGAUUCCCUCAACUUACCGGCGUUUAUUGAGGGUACGGCGAUUGCAAAACAUUUGUAUGAAAGUCAUGGGUUUAAGGCGGUGCUGGAUAGGUAUAUUGAGGUUGAGGUGCCGGAGAAGUGGAGGGGAAGACCGAAAAUUGAGUUUUUCUUUUAUGAGAGGGUUAGGGUGGGUGGAAGGAGUGAGUGA